ACUGACAUUUCUGGACUUUUUUUUUUCUUCGCAUAAAAGCAAGCUAACGCAUCAGCCUGAUGCUGCCUCAUUGAUGGCUUUAAAAAUUGUUUUCGAUUUGACCGUGACCCUCAAACAUAGACUUUCUCCGGGAAAAACAGCUGAUGCUAUCAGGCUCAGCCAAACCUGCCAGGAGCCCUCUUAACCCUGUAUUAGCAGAUGAGAUCGGCCGUGCGAAGAGCAAAAUAAACACAAGACUCCUAGGGAAGAGGUUCCAAGAAGAAUAUAGGCCCUCAUGCAAAGUGUUCUUCGCUGCGGAUCCCAUCAAAAUAGUGCGAGCCCAGGGGCAGUACAUGUUUGACGAGAAAGGUGAACAGUACCUGGACUGCAUCAACAACGUGGCGCACGUGGGACACUGUCACCCGGAAGUGGUCACGGCUGCCCUGAAACAGAUGGAAAUGCUAAACACAAAUUCUCGAUUCCUUCAUGACAAUAUUGUUGAGUAUGCCAGGCGCCUUUCAGCAACCCUGCCGGAGACGCUCUCUGUUUGCUAUUUUACAAACUCAGGAUCUGAAGCCAAUGACUUAGCCUUACGCUUGGCUCGGCAGUUCAGAGGCCACCAAGAUGUGAUCACUCUUGACCAUGCUUACCAUGGUCACCUAUCAUCUUUAAUUGAGAUCAGUCCAUACAAAUUCCGAAAGGGCAAAGAUGUCAAGAAAGAAUUUGUGCAUGUGGCACCAACUCCAGAUACUUACAGAGGAAAAUACAGAGAAGAUCAUGCAGACCCAGCCGGCGCUUAUGCAGAUGAAGUGAAGAAAAUUAUUGAAGAAGCUCAUAACAGUGGAAGGAAGAUUGCUGCCUUUAUUGCUGAAUCCAUGCAGAGUUGUGGCGGACAAAUAAUUCCUCCAGCAGGCUACUUCCAGAAAGUGGCAGAAUAUGUACACAGAGCAGGAGGUGUGUUUAUAGCUGAUGAAGUUCAGGUGGGCUUUGGCCGAGUUGGGAAACAUUUCUGGAGCUUCCAAAUGCAUGGUGAAGAUUUUGUUCCAGACAUUGUCACAAUGGGAAAACCAAUGGGCAAUGGCCACCCAAUGGCAUGCGUUGUAACAACCAAAGAAAUUGCAGAGGCCUUCAGCAGUUCUGGGAUGGAAUACUUCAAUACGUAUGGAGGAAAUCCAGUAUCUUCUGCUAUUGGUUUGGCUGUCCUGAAUGUAAUUGAAAGUGAAGACCUUCAAGGAAAUGCCACAAGAGUGGGGAAUUAUCUUACUGAAUUACUCAAUAAACAGAAGGCUAAACAUACUUUAAUAGGAGAUAUCAGGGGCAUUGGCCUGUUUAUCGGAAUUGACUUGGUGAAGGACCAGCAGAAAAGGACCCCCGCCACAGAUGAGGCUCAACAUGUCAUCUACAAGAUGAAAGAAAAGCAAGUGCUUCUCAGUGCCGACGGACCUCAUAGAAAUGUGCUUAAAAUAAAACCACCUAUGUGCUUCACUGAAGAAGAUGCCAAGUUUAUGGUGGACCAACUCGAUGAGAUUCUAACAGUUGUGGAAGAAGCCAUCGGAGCCAAAAGUGAGAGUGUGACCUCUGAGAAUACUCCGUGCAGAACAAAGAUGCCUAACAAAGCACAGUCGGAAUUGCUCAGUGAAGGCACCUCGGAUCCCAGAGAAAAUCCCAGCCGAAAGAGAAAUGGAUUGUGCACAGAUAAGCACUCGCUGCUCAGUAAGAGGCUCAAGACAUGAGAGAUUAACAUUUUAAAGCAGGAUAAAUAUCCAGGGUUAUAGAGAAUGAAUGGAAGUGUCUCUUCGGUUAGUACCUGUGUUGUACCCUCUAACAGUAGAAUUUGCAUUUCAUUUAGAUGUGUAAAUAAAAAGGUAACAGAGUGAAAAGAAUAAGCCAAGUGAAAAUCAAACCAUGUCAAGAUUAUUAGUUCAGCCUCUAGCCUGUUAAUUCCCUACUUGCGAUUUCUGAAAGUACUUUAUUUAUUCUACUAAACUUAUGCUUCAAACUGAAUAUUAAGUUGGCAGUUUACUGCUCAUGUGUUAAUGUUUGAAAUGAGAGCAAAGUACAAUAGGUCCCUUAACUUUAGAGACGUGAUGCCUUAAAAUAUGAA